AUGGAGGUCAGCGACUUACCACGGGCGUCGACAUUCCCCGCGAUCGCCGACGAAACUAAACUCGCGCCGCCCAGAUCCUCAACCUUGCCUGGGUCGGAUGCCGCAUCCGGGUCAAGCAACAGCGAUGGUCAGCGGAAUACGUACCGGUCUGCGCCCAUUGGAGGCCCUCUGGCCAGAAACUCUACACACGAGACGCGCACCGAAGCUAGCGCCAUCGAUCCGCUCUCACAGCACAUUAUUCAACGCACGAAUACCCAAAAAUCCAUUCCCCUAAAGUUAUUGGGCCAGGCAUCGUUCGAGGCCGAGGCGGGCAACUCGGAGGGCCCAUCGGAGCAUAGCACGGCUCGGGGCGAUGCUUCGCUGAACUCAAAGGGUCCCAAGGAAAAGAAAAAAGGUGUUUCGUUCCUUAGUCGCAUUAUUGGCAAUAAGAAAAAGGACGGACACCCGGCGGUAGAAGAUGAGCUCUCGGAUGUAGAGACUAGCCGCAUGUCUGUCGAUACCUCACAUCCGAUCGGGUUCAUUCCUCGACAUCCCGCGCCAUCCCGGUACUUGAGGAUCCGCGCACAUCACAAGAAAGAUAAAAAGUUCCACCGUGUUUUCCUGGCCCAGACAUUGGAGGGCACAGGACCGUUGCCGAAGGCUGAGCGACGAACGUCACUCUCAACCUUUAUCAAUGGAGAGGCCACCGGGAGAGCCAUUUGGGCGGUUGAGUUCUCCAAGGACGGUAAAUAUCUCGCCGCCGCCGGCCAGGAUAGAAAAGUUAGGGUAUGGGCGACCAUUACUACACCCGAAGAGCGAGAGGCGGCGAUGCGAGAAACAGACGUGUUCAUGGAUGAUCAAGAUAUUCCACAGCUAAAAGCUCCCGUGUUUGGACCGAAGCCUAUCCAGAUCUUUCAAGGCCAUGAGGGUAGUAUUUUGGACCUGAGCUGGAGUAAAAACAACUUCAUCCUUUCCUCUUCCAUGGACAAGACUGUUCGGCUAUGGCAUGCAAGUCGACCGGAAUGUUUGUGCUGCUUCCAGCACAGUGAUUUUGUCACUUCAAUCCAGUUCCACCCUAAGGAUGACAGGUUCUUCCUCGCCGGGUCACUCGAUACAAAGCUGCGCUUAUGGAGCAUUCCGGACAAAAGCGUCGCAUUCGUGACAACUGUACCCGACAUGAUCACUGCAGUUGGCUUCACACCCGAUGGCAAGUACGCCAUGGCGGGAUGCUUGAACGGGUUGCUGAACAUUUACGACACCGAGGGUCUCAAAGUAUCGGGGCAGAUCCAUGUUCGAUCGGCCCGUGGACGCAACUCCAAAGGCAACAAAAUCACCGGGAUUGACACGAUGAUGGUUCCGCAUGAUAAUCCCAACGGCGAUAUCAAAUUGCUCGUCACGACUAAUGAUUCUCGCAUUCGACUCUACAACUUCCAGGAGCGAACUAUGGAAGCCAAGUUCCGCGGCAACGAGAACACCUGUAGCCAGAUUCGGGCAACUUUCACCGACGAUGGCAAGCAUGUCAUUUGUGGUAGUGAGGAUCGCAAGGCAUACGUUUGGCCAAUUGGCUUUGUUGAAAAGGACGGAGAUGCUCGGGCAGUCGAAGUGUUCGAAACCCAAGGCGCAAUUGUGACCGUGGCCAUCACAGCACCUACGGCGACCAAACAAGCCCUGGGACUAUCUGACGAUCCAAUCUAUGAUCUCUGCAACCCGCCACCUGUCGCUCUCAUGAGUCCAGAAGCAUCUGCCAAGAAAGCAGACUCCUCACGGGAUACGGAAAGCCUACACAAGCGAACUGCGUCGGCACCGCGCUUGUCUAUUGUCAGCAAAAUGGCACAGGAAUCCCCUUCGUAUCUGUCCCGGUCGACCCACCCGGACGGAAAUAUUAUCGUCAUCGCCGACUACUCCGGAAAGAUCAAGAUUCUUCGACAGGAUUGCGCAUAUCAGAAGCGCAAACAUGAGAACUGGCAUGAAAGUUCAACCUUCUCGCGACGAAUUCUCCGGCGCUCUAACUCCGGCCGCCAUAGCGUCGCCUCCUCGACCGGAAAGGACUCUACUCUCAAGACACCCUCCGAGCGAAUUAUCUCAUGGCGAAACUCAGUCGUCCGCCAUGGCCGCACCAGUAUGGACAGUUCUCGCGCCGGGCUCCGAAGCCGCAGUCCAUCACCUCCACACCGACCAACACCGACCUUCCGACUCACCUCAUCUCGACCGUCAAGUUUGGCUCCCAACGAAUCUCUUUCCGCUGUCACAUCUCCAGCCCCAUCUCCGCAACGGCCGCUCGCUCAAAAUCCCAAUAUAAGCGAGCAAUCAGGGGAGCAGCUUGGAGAGCAAGAAGCUCGCACCAUGCCCGGCCGUGACGCAGAUCCAAGAAAGCUGCCUGCAUCGUCAGCCGAUAUUAUAUCCAGCGGCAAGAGCAAAGACAAUCCGCUAUGGUUACAGGGAGAUCACAGCUAUGCGUACUGGAACAAGAUCACUCACGAUGCUCUAGCGAUGAAGCAGCGCAACAAUAAUGAUCUCCUUAGCCCGAAUUCCAUCCGUGAUCGCAGACUGAGUACGGCUGGUAGUACGCUCAGUAGUGACUAUGGCUCGUCAACCGGUGGCUCGGCGGAGGAGGAUAUUCUCAAGUGCGACAAUUGCCAGGGAACGAACUUCCGCGGUGUCAAGGGACGAGAUGGGAAGCAGAAGUUGAUUUGCGUCCAGUGCAAUCAAACGGUUGCGUAA